AUGGAGGAAGAAGGGAAGGUCAAUGAUGAUGAGGACAAGGGAAACGAGCGUGUAAGCUUGAAUGAGCAAAUGGGGUUAAGGGGUGACGAAAAGCUGAGAAUGGUUAAAGAUCUUAAGAAUAAUUAUAGAUUGAAUAUGUUAGGAUUGGUAGAGACUAAGAGACAGCUAGUGACUAGAUUUGAUGUUUUAAAAAUUUGGGAUAACGGUUGUGCGGGGCGGGAGUAUGUAGGAUCCGACGUUGCUUCUGGUGGGUUGUUGUUAAUGUGGGAUGAGGGUUUUUUUAAAAUGAGAAAUUGCUAUAAAGGUGAUAGACGAUUGAAUGUUGAAGGUGAUCUGUCAGAAAAUUCUAUUAACUGUACUUUCUUCUUGGUUUAUGGUGCACAUGCUAGAGAUGAGAAACUUGUUUUGUGGGAGAAGCUAGGGGUGUUCGCGGCUCCAUAUCUGACUCGGUCGGUGGCGGCUGCUAUGUGCGAAGAUAAUGGCUGUGGGUACGUCGAGAGAGACGGCGUGGAGGAGACGAUGUUGUGGGUGCUGUCAAUGACGAAGAAAACGAUACUGUGGCCUGUGGGUGCCGUUUCGACUCUACAAGCGUGUUCGCAAGAGUUUAAGGAUUGGAUAAAUGACAUAGGAUUGGUGGACUUGCCGAUUACUGACCGAAAGUUUACAUGGUUUCGAGGACGUUCUUGUAGCCGCAUCGAUAGAGUCCUGGUUAGCCUAAAAUGGCUUGAGUCAUUUGCAGAAACCCGCUUAAGAGGUGGACCAAGGGGUUUGUCAGAUCAUUGCCCUAUUAUAGUGGAAGAUAAGAGGAUAAGGGAUGGACCGAGACCUUUUCGUUGCCUUGAUUUGUGGUUUACACAUGAAGGGUUUCUAAGGAUGGUUAAGGAGGAAUGGAGAGGGUUGGGAGCUAUACAAUUCACUGAUAAAUUGAAGGCUUUGACAGGUCCCUUGGGAAGAUGGCACAGAGACAACUUUGGUGACAUGGACAAAAAAAUCACAAAGUUUGAAGAAGAGAUUAAGAAAAUUGAUGACAUGGUUGGUAAUGGGACAUAUGACUGA